UCGUGCGUGUGUAGUGUAAUCACGUGGAGACGGUUCUGUCCAAACAGAAGGUGAGCUGCUGCUGCUAGCUGCGCCUCUCGGUGCUCAACUGAUCCAUGCUGUUUUUGUAGCUACCCGUCCCUUUAAACCAGACUAUUUCAGCGAAGAAUGAGUGAUAACGAUGACAUCGAAGUCGAUAGUGACGAAGAAUCACCGAGAUAUCACUCUGUGGCAGACAAACGGGCACACCACAAUGCACUGGAGCGCAAACGUAGGGACCACAUCAAAGACAGCUUUCACAGCCUGCGGGACUCGGUGCCCUCCCUGCAGGGAGAAAAGCAGUCUACCAAACAGGCGUCUCGAGCUCAAAUCCUAGACAAAGCCACAGAAUACAUCCAGUACAUGAGGCGAAAAAACCACACGCACCAGCAGGACAUCGACGACCUGAAGAGGCAGAACGCUCUGCUGGAGCAGCAAGUCCGUGCUCUGGAGAAAGUGAAAGGCUCCACGCAGAUCCAGACCAGCUACUCGUCACCUGACAGCAGCCUGUACACCAACCCCAAAGGCAGCGCCGUGUCGGCGUUCGACGGCGGCUCCGACUCCAGCUCCGAGUCGGAGGCGGAGGAGCUGCCCACCAGGAAGAAGCUGCGAAUGGAGGCCAGCUAGAGUCAAUAAGCUGAAAACUGCAGAAGGACGGGGGCAGCGGGGGCGCCAGGACGGUUGAGACGAGCUCCCCUCGUCGUUCUCUCUCACGCUGGAGACGAGUGUCCCCUGAAAUGUCCCACCACCGCCGCCACUGUUUGUCCUUCCAGCAGAGAAGAGGGAGCGAGCCGGACGGAGGAUGACCGCUCGCUUCAGGUUUCCCCAGCUUCCCCUCGUCCCCGUUUGUCUUAGUUUUUUCCCUCCGUCAUCGGUGCCCACCCUGACCCGUUUCUUAGCAACAACAAUCCAAAACUCAAAAAAAGGCAGCUUGGCAACUCAAAGACUUAAAGCUUUUUGUACCCCUCCCCUCCAUCGCUCCCCGUCUCUACUCCUCAAGAUGAUUUUUGGGGCGAGCGGGGGAACCAGGUGUCCUCUUCCAAGCACUGCUUUGUUGUAUUUUGUUUAUUUUUAUGCUUGAUUAAUGAAAAAAAUAAACUGUUUAGGUUUUUACACACACCUCGAUCUGUUGUCCUGGGAAAGAAAGUCCACCUUUUUAAAAAUGUAGAAACAUUUCUGUUUUUUAUCCCCCCCACCUCCACUCAAGAAUGUGAAGCUGCUUUGAGCAAACGGCCGCCUCAGGCCCACUGAAGUGCAGAUGUUUUCUGCCUGUCGCAUUUAACACAAAAUUAUAUAUAUAUCGAAAAAGAAAAGCCUGAGUCCUUUUUGUUGAAAUUGAUGUUUUGAAAGAGAAUAUUCCUAAACUUUGUAUCGUAUUUUGUCCUUUUAGCUUGAAGUAGUGAAUGACUUUAGGUGGCUGGAUACGUUGGGCAUCUCAUUUAUAUAUUCAGAUUGGAUGUCUUCAAAACCAUGUAAUGCAUUUUUUAUUUUAUUUUGUGGUAACCACACGAUUCGUGGAGAAAAGACCAAUUUGUCGCACGUAGUGUUAACGGGUUUGAACUAGGUGUUGGAUGGGCAGGUGAGUCCCUGUCGACGUGUUGUGCUUCACUCAGUAAAAAUGUUGCUGACCCUUGACCCCUACACUUCAUCCCUCCCCCUCUCCCAAGGAAAAUUAAUAUCUCUAGGAGACGUGUGUGUAUGUAUAUUGUUUCCAUUUUAUUUCCACUUAGGAGGAUAUAAUUAGUGUGGUAGGUAUUUGACUCCAUUCCAUGGAAAUUACAAGUAUGUUGUACAUACUGCCAACAAUUGUCUUGCAAGUUGAGGCCUACCUUUACUAUGAAACUAUAAAAUAAACUAUUUUAUCCUUUAA